ACAGAUACGCUUUUUGUGCAUUUCCAUAAAAGACGUUUUGCUUAAAAUUUACAUGUGACUUUUAUUUCGUUUUAAAUAAAUAAAAUCUUUUGAACAAAUAAAUGGAUCCAUUGAUUGUUAUUGGUGGUGGUAUUGCCGGUGUUACUUGUGCUAAAUCAUUUUCGAUUGAUCAACCAAAUCAUCCAGUGAUUCUCGUUUCAGCAUCGUCUGUAGUGAAAACAAUUGCUAAUCUAAAAACAUUAGGACGAUCAAUCGAUAUGUUCGAUGUAAUCGAACAGAAUGCUAAUACUUUAAAAUCGUCCAACUUGCAAGUGAUUAUGAACAAAAAAGUCAUUCGAUUAGAUUCUAAUGAACAUAGAAUCCAAUUGGACGAUGGACAAUGGUUGAAGUAUGGUAAACUAUGUAUCUGUACUGGAGCUAAACCUCGAAUGAUUAAUGUUGAUAAUCAGAAUGCUCAACAAUUCAUCAGAUAUAUACGUGAUACGCAGACAGCAAAAGAUUUUACAAAACUUUUAGCCGGUUCACGACGUAUUAUUGUGGCAGGUAAUGGUGGUAUUGCCAUCGAAAUUGUCUAUGCCGUUGAAAAUGUUGACAUUAUUUGGGCCAUUCGUGAGAAAAGAAUCGGUACCGUUUUUUUCGAUGCAGGUGCUGCCAAAUUUUUUACUGAAUUUUUAAGCAAUCAUGGAUGUAAAAAAACGACUGGUAAGCCGAUAAAACGAACACGUUAUGGUCAAAUUGAAAUCAAUGAUAGCUCAAACAAAAAUGAAUUCGGAGUUGCACUAGGACCAGAUUGGUCACAACAAUUAAAUUUGAAGGGAGUCAAGUCCCGUAAAAAAGUGAGAAUCGAAACCAAAGUCGAAGUAGUUAAUGUUUAUAAUAAAAUCGAAUCGAUACCAGAUAAUAUUUCGUCAAAAAAAGAUCUAAAUAAAAGUGAAUCCUGGAAUAUUUAUGUCGAACUUACAAAUGGAAAAAUAUUUGGCUGUGAUAUGAUAAUCGUGGCUAUUGGAGUCAUACCUAAUAGUGAUGUUUUUGUUGAUGAUAAUAAUCACACGGGUUUACAAUUAGACGCUGACAAAGGCAUUUUGGUGGAUCGAGAAAUGCGUACGAAUUUAAACGAUAUCUAUGCAGCAGGUGAUGUAUGUUCGGUGAAUUGGCCGCAAUCACCACAUUGGAUUCAAAUGCGUCUAUGGACUCAGGCACGUCAGAUGGGAUUCUAUGCUGCCAAAUGUAUUCAAUGGCAUUUAAAUCAGACAAACAGUGAUAAUCCUAGUCUUUAUUUUAAUUUCGAAGUAUUUGCCCAUGUGACUCAAUUUUUCGGAUUCAGAGUGAUAUUGCUCGGUCUCUAUGAUGGACAAAAAAUGGACACUAAUGAUUAUAAAAUUUUAUGUCGAGUAAUACCACGAGAAGCAUAUACCAAAGUCAUACUUAAAGAUGGCCGAAUGAAAGGCUGCAUUCUGAUUGGAGAUAGCAAUCUCGAAGAGACUUUUGAAUUUUUAAUUUACAAUCAAAUUGAUUUGACACGUUUUGGUGAUCAUCUUCUUGAUGAUCAUUUAGAUAUUGAAGAUUUUUUCGAUUAAAAAAAUUUAAUAAAUUUGAAUCAAUGAA